GGCUACUUACACCCCGUACUCAAGUCUCACUCAUACGACGUGAACGACAGACUUCAAUAUACAUGUUUGGAAAUAUAUCGAAACUAAUUAUGAUAUAUUCCAUUUUAUAUUGCCUUUAGUUAUCCGGUUGCUUAUGUUGUCUAUCUAAAACUCACUCUACACUUACUACACCACUUGCUGCCUCUUAUCAGGGGCUGGAAAUGGUUCCAUGACCGUCACAGCAGAUGAUAUCGCAGCACUGGUACUGAAACAAUUUGAUGCUCUGCCAGCAAAAAGGAAGCCAGCAGUCCGAAGUAAUGGACUCCGUGAAUGGGUGCCCCUGGCCGGGAUAGUUGCGCAAGGAAAUGACGAUGAAUUAUGGUGUAUAGCAAUCGCAACAGGCAUGAAAUGCCUCCCCACCACCAAACUCCUGCAAGCCAGCGGCAACGUGCUGCACGACUGGCACGCCGAGGUCCUCGCCAUCCGGACCCUCAACUCCUUCCUCCUCAACGAGUGCAAGGAGAUGCUUAGUGGCGGGGUGUCUCGAUUCCUACGGCGGCGGAAGCCUGAGGAAAUAGCAACAACCGCGGAUAGUACAACUGAUCCCCAAGAAGAGGAAGGGAUAGGGGAAGAAGGGGAGCCAUGGCACGGCCAGCCCUUCACCUGGCGGGAAGACGUCAAACUGCACAUGUACUGCACCGAAGCGCCCUGCGGCGACGCGAGCAUGGAGUUGAUCAUGGCGGCGCAGGAGGACGCUACACCGUGGGAUGUUCCCGAACCACCGCCUACUGUCCAUACCCAUAUUCCUGUUCCUACCUCUACCCCCACUUCCCCCCCUAUCCAAACCCAAACCCAAACCCAAACUCCCACCUCCACCCCUCCACCCACCCUCCCCGGCCGCGCCUACUUCUCCCACCUCGGCAUCGUCCGCCGCAAACCCGCGCGCCCCGACGCGCCCCCCACCCUCUCCAAGUCCUGCUCCGACAAGCUAGCCCAGCACCAGGCGACCUCUCUCCUCCUCUCCCCCACCUCCAUCCUCAUCCACCCCCGCAACGCAUACCUACAAACCCUGAUCCUCCCGGAGCCGCGGCACAGCGAGCCAGCGUGCCGCCGCGCGUUCUCGGCCCGGCCCCCCGAUGGGCGGAUGAGGGGGUUCGCUACUACUGCUGCUGCUGCUGCUGCUGAAGGAGGGGGGAGGGGAGGGUACGCCUACCGCCCCUUCGCCGUGCAGACCACUGCCGUCGAGUUCGCCUUCUCGCAGCGGAGCCUGACGCAGUCAACAGCAACAGGAAAAAUAGCACCGACCCCCACCUCCCUCCUCUGGACCCCGACCGGCGUGGAAGAAAACACGAUAGGCGGCACCCUGCAAGGACGGAAGCAAUGUGACCCGCGGGGCGCGUGCAGCGCGUCGCGGCGUAAGCUCUGGGGCCUCGCCGUCGAGGUCGCUGCUGGGUUACCUCUCCUUGACGAGGUAAAUGUAUCUGGGGUAGGAGGAGCAGGAGCAGGAGCAGGAGCAGGGGCGGGAGGGUGGGGGGCGAUACAAAAGGAGUUGAAAUCAGACACGUAUGGCGAGAUGAAAGAGUCUGUCUUGCUAGAGGCAAGGAGGAGGGUCAAACAGGAGGUUAGGGCGGUGGCGUUGCAGGGUUGGGUUAGGAACUUGGGGGAUGAGAAUUUUGGCUUGUAGGUUAUGAACUUACCUAGGUUAGGGAUCUAGAUAGAUAUCGCGUUAAAAAGAGACCUAUGCCCGGCUUCCUCGAUGGCCAGAAGAUGAUGAAGCGACGCCCAUGCGAUCUCAUACUUGAUAUCAUCCUUGGGCUCUUAGUAUAAGCAACGACAUUGGCUCUUAAAACUUACUAUACCUAACAUCAACU